GAAAGAAAGGUCACCUUGUUAUGGCCUUGUUAUGGUGGUUUCCAAAACUCAAAGAUUUGUUUUUGUUAAUUGUUUUUCUCUUCAAAUCUCCCUCCAAGUCUACCUCUCAACCUUUCUUACAGCCUUGUUUUGUUUUGUUAUGGGGGUUUUCAUUUGAUUCUUUUGUUUAUUUAAUCCUUCAAAAUAACUAGUCUUUUAAUUCUUCAUCGACAGGCUUAUAACUGAAGAGAUUGCAAUGUUCUCCACUGUUCUUAAGGAUUUAAAGUGCGGCUCGGCCUGAGAGCCUCUGCAUCCCCUCAGAUCCCGUUUUUCUCGGUUGUGUUGUGAACUUUUCGAGCCGGAUCAAACGGAAUGCGAGUCAUGAACUCUAACAGUCUGUUUUCAUUUUAAUGGUUUUAUAGAUUAGAGAUUGAUGUUGUCUGCACUUGUCAAUGCAUGAUUGAAUUCUGAAACUUCGGUUGUGUAUUUGGAAAUCGAGAAAAGCCGGAGCAAAUUCAUAGGGUCGAUAGAGUUUUUGGUGUUGAUUUUAUGAAAAAAACUUGAUUGCCGGGUUAUUCGGGUUAGAAUAUGUAAGUUAUGGUAUCGGGAUCAUUAAUGCGAAUGAUGCCGCCCUGCUGGAGGCCUUCUUCCGUUGAGGGUGAAGCAUCUAGUAGUAGCAAUGAUGAUGGUAGGGUUGACGGGUUGUUGUGGUAUAAAGAUUCCGGAGAACAUGUUGCCGGUGAGUUUUCGAUGGCGGUAAUUCAAGCAAACAAUCUAUUGGAAGACACUAGCCAACUCGAAUCAGGUCCCUUGAGCUUAUUCGAAACAGGGCCUUAUGGGACGUUCGUUGGAAUUUACGACGGUCAUGGAGGUCCAAUGGCCGCUAGGUUUAUAAAUGAACACCUUUUCAGCUAUAUCAAAAAGUUUACAACCGAGAAUAACGGAAUGUCAGCGGACGUAAUCAACAAAGCGUUUUUGGCGACCGAGGAAGACUUUCUUGCUCUUGUCAGGAAGCACUGGCUAAAUGACCCGCCGAUGGCUUCUGUCGGUUCAUGUUGUCUGGUAGGAAUAAUAUGUAGAGGAGUGCUAUACAUUGCGAAUGCAGGAGAUUCUCGGGUGGUCUUAGGGAGACUGGAUAACGACUUUAAAGAGGUUAAGGCAGUUCAGUUAUCAUCCGAGCACAAUGCAAGUCUUGAACCCGUGAGGGAAGAGUUGCGAUCAUUACAUCCCGAUGAUCCACAGAUUGUGGUCCUAAAGCAUACAGUAUGGCGUGUGAAGGGUAUCAUACAGAUUUCCAGAUCCAUUGGCGAUGCUUAUCUAAAGAACGUGGAGUUCAACAGAGAACCUCUAUUGCCGAAGUUUAGAGUUCCCGAAUCAUUCGAUAAACCAAUCCUUAGAGCUGAUCCGGCAAUAUUAGUACAUAAAAUUGACCCUGAAGAUCAUUUUCUUAUUUUUGCAUCAGAUGGUCUAUGGGAACACCUUAGCAAUCAGGAGGCCAUUGACAUUGUCAACACGUGUCCACGUAAUGGUAUUGCCAGGAAGCUUGUCAAAGCCGCUCUUCGUGAAGCAGCAAAGAAGAGAGAAAUGAGAUACUCGGACUUGAAAAAAAUUGACCGUGGAGUGAGGAGACAUUUUCACGACGAUAUAACAGUAAUCGUUUUGUUUAUGGAUUUCCAUCUGGUAAGCCACAGCUACUGGCACGGCCCUCUGGUUUCAAUCCGAGGUGGUGUUGGGGUCGCCGGACAUGGCAUUUGCUAGUGCAACAGGUUCUAAACCUCUAUCAUUUGCUCCUCAUUAUCUCCUUUUUGUGUCGAGAAACGCUUUUCUUUUCCUUUUUUCCUAUGUAUAGUCACUCAACUUAGCAACUUGUUUCUGUUAAUCCGUAAUAGAAUUCUCCAAUAGAUGUCAGUUACCAGUUAGAGAGUGCCUUUCGGAGAAUUCCUUCAAAGUUCACUCUGCUAACUGACACAUGAUAAUUGAAAAUAUAUAAAUUCAUCAACAUAUAUGGUAUUGCCAA